CAAUAUGAUCCCUUACAUUUAUCAAAUACUAGGCUCAAAAUAUUCGAAGAAAACCAUAUGCCAAUGCAACUACGUACAUAUCAUUGAUGGUGAUUGGUGGGGGAGUAGGAAUGAUAUAAACAUAACUGUAUUUAUAUAUGGAGAAGACUUAAAUCACAAGCAAGGCUGGCAACAAGGAAAAAAAUCAUUUGCUAUAUAUAACUUCAAAAUAGCUUUACUCUAACACCUCGAAAGAUAUGAGAUAUGCAUACUAUAUCUAUUGAACCGGCGCCAACACAACAAGCAAAAAAUAUUGUAUAUACAUAUCUUCCACACAAUUACUGAUGAUGGGUUUUCUUGACCUCUUUUAGCUACCACUUUGAUCAUAUAUCUGUCUUACGCCUCGCCAUUGGCUCGGCCGCUUCAGUUGGAUGGAAUUUAUUAUUGUUAUGAGCAACGUACAAAGUAUUUGCCUGUCGUUUCUCACAAUUUGAUGAUUGCAUUUGGAAAUUUAACGUGCCCUUUGGAAGCAAGUAUAUGUAGCUAUUGUUUGGAUGAGUACGUCAGUUGAAAUUGGAGCGUCGAAAUAAGGAAUGCUUUCUAUCCAAAAAAAAAAAAGUAUAUGUAGUAGCUAAACAAACUAGCCUAUAAUAGUAUCUUGAGGCCUCAGUUGCCAUCGGUUGUAUAUUUGGCGUAUGAAAAUCUUAAUUUUUAUCACGUGCCAUAUUCUGCUAAUUAAAUUGUCCAUUUAAUGGCGUGCGAAAACCUUAAUUUUACUUGAUCCAAUUUGUCAUUUUUUAUUUUUUCUCAGUUUAGCUAAGUGAAACUCUCUCCCUUUUUUUUUUCUUACGGAAAUGAACUAAUGGAAUCUUUGUCAGUAUCCUUUUGCAUUGUACACUUUAACUAGGAGAAAAAAAGUGGCAAUCUUUUGGAUCUUGCAUUAAUUACAUUUAAAUUUUGAUGUACAUUAAAGAGUAGUAAAUGCAGAAAGCUACGACAUCAAUAUUGCAAUUAUGCAUUUUUCUAUGCAAGAGAAUGAAAUCCUAGCUAAAAUGAGUGACAUAUGUAUAAACUAAUGGAGAGUGAAUUGGAAUGAAUCAUGAAUGAUAGUAGAUGGAGUAAUCCAUGAUAUUACGUAAAAUUAUGAUGGAAAAGUAGCAAAGAAAAGCGAGAGGAAUGGGAAAUUGCGAUUAGAGCUCUGAAUUACCUGGAUGAGUACAAAGCGCAGCAGGGCCAGGACAGUACAGAUACACCAUCAACUCGCCCUCGAACCCAGAUCAAAUGGGAACCUCCACCUGCUGGAAUUCUGAAACUCAACACCGAUGCGGCGAUCCUAGGCAUGGAGGGAACGGGUUAUGGAAUGGUUCUCAGAGAUUGCUCAGGGAACUUUCUGAUGGGAGCGACUUACCGAACGAAAAGGUGAUGGCCGAUUGAGAUGGCGGAAGCCCAGGCGAUGAGAUGGGGACUGAAGCUAACCCGACUGUAUUUUUCCCAACCGCUGCUUCUCGAGUCCGAUUGCCAAUCAGUGAUACACAAGCUCAAUCGGCGGGAUGCAACAGAAAUGGAGGUGGGGAUGAUCUGUGAAGAAAUUCGGGAUCUAGCGGCUGAAGAAGGAAAUGUGGAGUGGAGAUUCUGGAAGAGAGAAGGGAAUGCAUGCGCACAUGAGAUGGCUCGAUUGAAUUGUAGGGCUGAGGAGACAGAGAUUUGGUUCUCAAUGCCACCUGUCAUUUUAGUAUCUCUACUUUUACAAGAGAGCAAUGUAGUCCCUGAACUUUGAUUCAUUGGAAUACAGAUUACCUUGUCAAAAAAAAAAAUUAAUUCGAUAGAGUCACGGAAAGAUUUUGUUGGAACCAAAUAAAUAAUUCUUAUUUAAAGAGCUAUAAUUCUUAACGCUCUUAUUUUUUACUUUCGUUCACAUAAUUCUGUGCUUAUUUACAUAACUAAUUUGUAUGGUUAAAUUUUCUCUUUUUUCUUUUAAUAAAUUGUAUUUAUCAUAUUUUAUGAAAAAUAAUUUUCAAUUUCAAUAUUUUUUAAAAAUGACUGUAUUCAUCGUAAUCUACAAAAUAAUAUUCAUUUUGAUAUAUUUUAAAAUUGGUUUUACAACGAGAAUGGCAGAGAAUGGGCGGUGAAAGAAACCAGCAAGAGAGUAACCGGAGACAGAGAGAGGAAAAGGAGAAUCAGGAUGGGGCCGGUCGCUGGGAAACAGGUCGACCAAAAAGGGAUUUAUUUAUUUAUACAAAUAAACAACAACCACAACAACAACAAAAAAAACGGUAGUAAAUGCCGAUAAAGGAAUAUCUCAGUGUUCCCGUCCUACUUCAAUAUUAUUUCUUAGGGGUGUUCAAACGGUGUGAUUAUCAUGGUAAUCGUUUUAACCAGUACUAUUUGGAUAAUUUGGUUUGGUUAAUUUGGAUAAUUGGUUUGGUUUGGUUAAAGUUUUUAGCUUGUUUGGUUUGGUUUCAGACAUUCCUAACCAGCCAAACCAAAUUAACCAGAUAAAUAAUUAGCCAUAUAUAUCUAAUAUAUACACAUACUUAAUACUUUGAAUAACCACUCAAGAGUUGAACGUUCAUCCCUUUUAGACUCAAAAAAUAUAAAGCUUGAUAUUGUUCUUAUAAUGUAUAUUUGUAAAUGUAGGGUGUAGACCACAACAUAAUUUAGAUAAAUAUCAUACAUGAUGUUGGAUGAAAACUUGAAAUCAAGGUCCUUUUCAGCCUAUGAAAAUUGCUAAAAGACUAAGUAAAUUCAAACAAACACAAAAAUUCGUUAACCCAUACCAUUGUGAUAAAUUUUUGUUAGGUGAAUACUUUUAUACUAAUCGUAAGAUAAUUGUCUUAGUUGAAUGUAUUUAUGUUAAGGGUCAGCUAUAACUAUGUAAGAUAAUUGUUAUGUUUUAUUCAUUAUAUAAAUUGUGAAUUGGUAAAUUCACCAAAAUUUUCUCACUUAAUGAUAAUGUGAUUUUAUAUUGGUUAAUCAAUUAACCAAAUCGAUUAAACUUUGAUUUGGUUAAUUUAGUUGUAUUAGUUUGGACGAUUUGAUUAUGAUAUUGUAUUCCAUGAUUAAUGAAAUUUAACUUAUUUA